GUGACGAGCGCGUCAUGAUGCGUUUCGUCACCCGAGCGUAUAUGUGCGGCGCGUGCGGUAAGAAUGUCACGGUGCCUCGUCGAAAGUAAGAUCCGUGAGAAGAGAAGCGGCCGACGCGGGGAAAGAUGCUGUCGCUGUCCUGUUACGUGCGGUACGCAAGGACCGUUCACGUGAGUGCUAGACGCAAGGAUGCCUUGACGGACGAAAUGACACCGAACCGCCUGACCGUCUCUCUCGUCUUCGUUUCUGGGAUCGCGGUCGCCGUCAUCGGCACGCUGCUGUCUCAGUACCUACGUGGCUUGUCUACCGAUUUCACAGGACAGGAAUCUCGUCACGUGUUUGUGCCGCUACCUUCGGAGGGAAUCUUAAACGUGUACGAUGACAAUACACUCAACGUCGCGUUGGGCACAAAACUGGACCAGCUGGAGAACCAGGUGGAGAACAGUGCGACGUCGGUGAUGGAGGCGUUGAUGUCCCUGCACAUGGCGCUGGAGAUGAAACUGUCCGGCAAGCAGAGGAGGGCUGUGAAACUGUUUCAACACGCGAUGGCGUUGGCGCCUUGUCAUCCGGACGUUCUGAAUCGCUACGGCGAGUUCUUGGAGCACACUCAGAACGACAUAAUCAAGGCGAAUGAGUUUUACGUGCGUGCUCUGACGUACGAGCCGAAUCACGAGGGUGCUCUGAUGAACAGUCAGAGGACGGCGCGCGUGGUCGAGGAGCUCGACAGGAAGAUGCUGAGGCGCAUUGAUGAGAAGAGGGACGCACUGUCGACGAUACCUGACAACAACGCCGCAUUGAUACGCGCCAAGAAGGAGGCUUACUUCCAACAUAUCUAUCACACAGUUGGGAUCGAAGGGAACACCAUGAACCUGGCGCAAACAAGAGCCAUAGUGGAGACGCGUACCGCAGUCGCUGGCAAGAGCAUCGACGAGCACAAUGAGAUCCUUGGAUUAGACGCCGCCAUGAAGUACAUCAAUGCGACCUUGGUCAAUAGGGUAGGGUCCAUUUCCAUCAAAGAUAUACUGGAGAUACACAGACGCGUGCUAGGACACGUGGAUCCUGUUGAAGGCGGCCAGUUUCGUCUGACUCAAGUGUACGUUGGCGGCCACAUACCUCCAGGGCCGGACGACAUACACUAUCUGAUGGAGGAGUUCGCGUUGUGGCUGAACAGCGAGCGAGCCAUCAGGAUGCAUCCAGUGAGGUACGCAGCUCUCGCGCACUACAAAUUAGUACACAUACAUCCGUUCGCCGACGGGAACGGCAGGACGUCCCGCCUGCUCAUGAACAUGAUCCUCAUGCAAGCCGGCUACCCGCCGGUCAUCAUCCACAAGCAGCACCGUCACGAGUACUACGAGAAUUUGCAGCUGGCGAACGACGGCGACGUGAGGCCGUUCGUGAGGUUCAUAGCCGAGUGCACGGAGCAGACGUUGGAUCUGUUCCUGUGGGCGACCAGCAAGUUCUCCCGACAAGUUCCCGCCCUGAGCCAAGAGACUCUGUUCACCGGAAAGCACAACACGAUCGUCCUGGAGGACAAGAGCGGCGAGAUACAGGAAAAUGAUUGAAUGGGAAUUGCUGUCUGUCGGGAUCUGAAGUAUUUUUCAAGACCAAAGAGAAUCAAACGUUAUUUAUUAUUCCAUAUCACUAUUGACUGCGAUUUUUGAAUGGAGGUUGAAGUACGUAAGCGAGUGCGUUAGCCGUCUGCCUUGAAGAUUGAAGUGCUUGAUCGAAUCUGUCCAAUUUGAUGGUGCAUUUUAAUGCAUUUGCUCUGCGCUUGUGACGUGCAAUCGGCGCAAAUGCCACGUGUAGACUGCCGAUUAAUGUUUUCGUGGUCUGUGUAAAUAUGGAUCUUCCAUCAUGUUUUUAAUAUAUAAUAUUGGUAUAUUGCCAA